UGGGGAACAAAACCUACAACCAUCUGUUCAGCAGUCAGAUCCAGUGGAUGUCUACAAUUUUACUCAUCACAGUCUGUGUGCAGGUCUUGUGGAGUACAAAACUUGCAGACCUGUAUUUCCAAGACAGUUUUGUGGUCAUACAAAAUUAGAAUGACGUCAGAAUUGUGAUUGAAAAUGAGAAGAGAGAGUUAUUAUGACUGUCGGUGGUAAAGAGAGCAUAAGGGGCAGCCUGGCAGAGGUUAGGAAACAACCCUUUUUUAAUCUCCUUAGUCUCCUUUCUCUCUCCCUCCCUCCCUCUCUCCCUCUCCCUCUCUCUCCAUAAAGCGACAUCGCUUUGGUUGGAGGGCGAAGAAGAAAAACAGGGAUUUUGCAAGCGGGGAAUUGGCCAAAUUAAACGUAAUCAUGUUGUUGUUAUAUCACUCUCACAUCUGGCCCCAGGGUGAUUGGCCGGGGCACCUCCGCCGCGCCUGCUGUCGGCGCGGUCAGCCCGGGGGUGAGAGGACGCGCAGUGUGGUCAGUCGAUCCAGUGCGCACUAACCAUGAGUCCGGCACGGCCCGGAGCGCCAAACUUUCACCAACAACGCCCGGAAGUUUGUCGGAUCGCACUGAAGGUUUUGGAGGAAAUAAAGAAUAGAGGGCAAUUUCAGUUUGUCCUGUGACUUUAAGCGCUGCUGCUGCUGAAGACUGGAUAUUCUGGUGCUUUGCUGCUGAUUGUGGUGACUGAGCCUCCCAUCUGUGCCCUUGCGUCUGUGUGUGUGAUUGUCUUAUCCUGGGGUCGCAAGGCUUUGCACUGGCUGAACCGCAGCCAUGGAGGUGGCCCUGGUAGACUUUGAGAGCCUGGAUGAGCUCGACGGGGAUCUUGAUGAGGUGGACACCUACGCUGAUGAGACCACAGCUCUCACGGUGGACAUGCCCCCAGAGCACAGCAGCCCAUGCAGCAACUACCUUAUCCGAGGCUCUCAGCUCCCUUCUACGCCCGUGCCCUCCCGCAUGUGGGAAUCCACCUCAUCUUCGCCCAUUUCACACAUGCAGACACAGACACUUGGAGUACCCCAGUCCCCAACCAUGCCAACUCCGAGCAGACAGGGGCGCAGCAGCUGCACCAGUAUGAUCUCCAACUGGAAACUGCUGCUAAACAGUGAGGGCACGAAGGAGAGUGAGACGAUCUUCAGCCGGCUCGCUAAGGAGUGCUGCGAGGACCUGUUUGUAGAUAAACGAGGCCUGGAUGACGGAGACCAGAAAGUCAUCAUCAACAUCGCAGGCCUUCGUUUUGAAACGCAGCUCAAAACUUUGGACCAGUUUCCUGAGACACUGCUAGGAGACCCUUUGAAGAGGAUGGACUACUUUGAUCCGAUGAGGAACGAGUACUUCUUCGAUCGGAACCGGCCCAGCUUUGACGGCAUCUUGUAUUACUACCAGUCAGGGGGUAAGAUCAGACGUCCAGCUAACGUUCCACUGGAUGUGUUUGCAGAUGAAAUUGUGUUCUAUGAACUUGGAAGUGAGGCCAUGGAGCAGUUCAGAGAAGACGAAGGAUUCAUAAAGGAUGUCGAUAUCCCUCUACCUAAUAAUGAUGUGUACAGGCAAUUCUGGCUGCUGUUUGAGUACCCAGAGAGCUCAAAUGCGGCCCGAGGUGUAGCACUGGUGUCUGUUUUUGUCAUUGUCAUAUCCAUCAUUAUUUUCUGUAUGGAAACGCUGCCAGAAUUCAGAGAUGACACCGACCCAAUUGUGCCCACAGCGAUAAAGCCUUUCAACCAGUCUAGAUUUUACAGUUCUGUGGCUCCAUCUGCUGCAAAGCCCACAACUUUCUCUGAUCCCUUCUUCUUCAUCGAGACUGCCUGCAUUGCUUGGUUCUUCUUUGAGCUGUGUGUGAGGUUUCUGGUCUGUCCUAGCAAAAAGGAGUUUUUCCACAACCUAAUGAACAUCAUUGACGUUAUAUCCAUCAUCCCUUAUUUUGUUACCGUGGUUACAGAACUGGUCACGACGCCACAAGAGAGCUCAGGACAGAACAUGUCUUUGGCCAUUCUGCGUAUCAUCCGUCUGGUCAGGGUGUUCCGUAUAUUCAAACUCUCUCGUCACUCCAAGGGGCUGCAGAUCCUGGGACAGACUCUGAAGGCCAGCAUGCGCGAGCUCGGCUUGCUCAUCUUUUUCCUCUUCAUCGGAGUCAUCCUCUUCUCCAGCGCUAUCUACUUUGCAGAGGUAGACGAGCCUAACACGCAGUUUGUCAGCAUACCUGAUGGCUUCUGGUGGGCUGUGGUUACCAUGACCACUGUAGGCUAUGGGGACAUGUGUCCUAUCACCAUGGGGGGUAAAAUGGUCGGCACGUUGUGUGCCAUUGCAGGUGUGCUGACCAUUGCUUUGCCUGUUCCCGUCAUUGUAUCAAACUUCAAUUACUUCUACCACAGAGAGACGGAGGCAGAGGACAAGUUGCCCUUGGCAGAUGCUGUUGAACAAGCCAUGAAGACUGAAACAGACAGCAAAGAGGGCAGCAACACCUCGCUCAAUAAAGCCAAUGGAAUCUGGCAGACUGACAAGGGGAAAUAACUCUACAAGGACACAAUUCAGGAGGAGAGACUUUGCCACAAAGCAGGAGAGAAAUAAGACAAUAUGGAGGAAAUUAACUGCCUUGAUUUCCCUCAAACGAUGGUCUAAUGGGAUCAAUGAGAUAAAAAUGUUUGCGCCUAGUUAUAAAUAUUUUAUAAGGCUACACAGGAUGUACUGUACUUACCUCUAAUAUGAAAAUGACACUUUGAAAAUAACCGACAAGCUGAAGAAUUGAUUCAUGUUCAGGAUUGUACGUCA